AUGCCUGGAUUUACAGCUCCAACAAGAAGGCAAGUGUUGUCUUUAUACAAGGAGUUUAUCAAAAAUGCUAACCAAUUCAAUAAUUACAACUUUAGAGAAUACUUCUUAGGUAAAACGAGGACUACCUUCAGACAGAACAUGAGUCAGCAGGAUCCAAAAGUGUUAAUGAACCUAUUUAAGGAAGCUAAGAACGAACUGGGUGUCUUGAAAAGACAGUCUGUUAUUUCCCAGAUGUACACGUUUGACAGGCUGGUCGUAGAACCAUUGCAAGGAAGGAAACAUUAA